GCCCCAUCUUUAGGCAUAAAUCACAAAUCACAUCCAUUGAGUUACAAGAUCUAAAUCCUCAUUCUCCCCCUCUAGAGACGGGGAAAAUUUCCCUCGUUGUGGAGACACUGCCUCAGAACGAAACUCAUUCCUUCAGGUUUUCACAAUUUCACAUUCUCCUGUAACCUGUAUUGUAAACAAAUACGAACAAUUCUCUGAAAUUUUAUAUGGAGAAACUCGAUAACAUCUGCAUGCAUUGACCCGUACGAGAAUGGGAGUGCACGGCUUGUGGAAACUCAUUGACAGCGCCGGAAAGCCGAUCCCAGUCGAAACUUUGGAAAACAAAGUAUUAGCUGUCGAUGUAUCAAUCUGGCUCUAUCAGUUGGUAAGAGGGUUCCACGAAACGUCUGGAAGACCAGUUCACAAUGCAUUCCUCCUGGGCCUGUUUCACCGUAUCUGCAAACUACUCUUCUACAGAAUCAAGCCGAUAUUCGUAUUUGACGGUGGUGUUCCGAGUUUGAAAAAGAAGACUAUCGCAGCAAGACAAAAAAGCAGGCAAAAGGCUGAGGAAAUUAAUGAAAAAUUAAGGCAGCAAUUGUUGGAGAACUUCAUCAAGCAACAGGCUAUCGGAUCUGUAAUUGGUGGUGACUUUGCACUGAAGAAAAUUUUACCUUCAACCAAAGAUGAUCUGUUUAAAUUGCCUCCCAUUGCUGAAGCAGUUAAGAAAGAAAUCGAUGAAGGGAGUAGUUCUUCUGAUGAAGAGAACUACACUAAAUACGGUAAUAUUCAUGAUAUUGAUGUUAAAAGUGAGGAAUUUCUUAAUCUUCCACCUGACAUAAGGCAUGACAUUCUUACCGAGCUGAAGGAAACUCGAAAACAAAAUUCAUGGGCGAAAGUGCACCUCAUGCCCGAGGAGUCUAUGGAAUUUUCUUCUUUUCAAAUGAAACGUCUUUUAAAAAGGCGUGCUGUCCAAGAGGGCUUAGAACAAGCUGAAGAUGAGCUCGGUGCAAGGGGUUUCACGCUGAACGAUUUGCAGACCAUGCUGACAGAACAGGGAGUCGACCUGAGCCAGAGAAUAGCAUCUGACAACACUACAAGAUAUAUAUAUUCAACAAGUCCAGAUCCUACAAUGAGGCAAAUAUUACUGGAUGGGCCAAGUUCUGCCGCUCUUUGUAAUAAAAAUUCAUCUGAUUUGAUUAAAGAAGAGGAGGAAAUUUCAGAAUUAGAAUUCGGAUGUGUAAAAGAUGACAUGAAGGAGGUGCCAUCCGAACAAGAAGAACCGAAAGGUUUGACACAAGAAGAAAUAUUACAAUUGAUUAAAUUGGAUACAAGUCAAAAUUGUCCAAGCUCAUCAGCUGGGCCUAGUACUUCUAAACAAGCUUACUUAGGAAUUUGUGAUGAAAAUGAUGUUUUAAACAGAGUUGAAACUGAUGUUCAGAGCAAUGUUAAUGACCAGGCUGUGGAACAUGGGAAGAAUCAAAAGGAAGACAAUAACCGCCUAAAACUGGACCAUGAGAGUCUCCCACAGACAGAUUCUUAUUGUCAAGAUAGCACAAUGCUGCAAAAAGAUUCCCCAUUGUCUUAUAAUCAGCCGAAAGAAAACGGUUCUAAAAAAAAUAUUUUACAUAUCCUGCCUUUAACAAAUGUUCAACAUUCUCAAGUCUUAAUUAAUGAAAGAGUCUCAGAAAGACCUUAUCGAGAAUCAACUGAAACUGUUGAACGUAAACAUUCAGUAUUAGAAAGUAAAGUUGAAACUCUUUCAGAAGGAAGUUCGGAUGAUGAUGGCGAUUUUGUAGAUGUCGAACCUAGUGAAGUGAUGGUCAAUUCUGAACGUAAAAUGGAAAUAAUAAUUAAGCCUAAUGAAAAUCUUAAUGAUGAUAUAUUUGCCGACAUUUUCACAGCACAACAGUCUGUUAAUAAUGAAUUAAUUAUGCCAAAGGACAAUACAAUUAAUACAUCAAACAUUAAAAAUAAACUAGAUAGAAGAGAUGAAAAUGAGAAAAAGAUAGCAGGAAAUUUAUCAACCUCUGAGGUUGAUAUAAAUGAUGAAAUUCAAAAAAACAAUGGUAAAAAUGGAAAACCAAAUUUUGAGGCUGCUAUAAAACAUUCUCAAGAGGUAAAUGAAGUUCUAGAAAAUUCUCAAAAAAAUUCCACACUGAGUAUGAGAACUACAAUUGAGCUUUCAACUGAUCAGCUUGAAGAAAAAAUUAUGGAUUUGGAAAACGAAUCUGUAGAAUUAUUGGCGGAAAGCAAGAAAAAUGAAAGGAUGGCUGCUUCAAUCACUGAACAAAUCACAUUGGAUGCCCAGGAACUUCUUCAACUAUUUGGUAUCCCGUUUAUUGUAGCUCCGAUGGAAGCCGAAGCACAAUGUGCUUAUCUUGAUUUUUCUGGUCAGACUGACGGCACGAUCACAGACGACAGCGACAUUUGGCUUUUUGGAGCGAAUAAUGUUUAUAAAAACUUCUUUGAGCAGAAAAAAUUUGUGAAACAGUUCAAAGCUACUGAUAUACAGAGGUUUUACAAGCUGAAAAGAGAUGAUUUAAUUAUGAUCGCAAUGUUAGUCGGGAGUGAUUACACAGUUGGAAUUCACGGAGUGGGCCCUGUUAAUGCGAUUGAAAUUGUGGCUCACUUUCCUCCUAAAGAUGAAGCUAGUACACCUAAUGAGAGGCUUCAAUUAUUUAGGGAGGCGUAUCAUUCGUCGAGGCUUAAUGUUCAUCUUCAAAGGAAACUUAAAUCUUUGCAGUUCACCGACGGAUUUCCAAGUAGUGAAAUAGUAAAGGCGUAUUAUUUACCAAUGGUGGAUAAUAGUAAAGAAAGGUUUUCUUGGUCUCAACCAAAUGUGGAAGGAAUCAAGCAAUUCGCUAAUAGUAAAUUGGGUUGGGAUUUUAAUAAAACUAGUCAAAUACUUAAACCUGUUUUGGACAGGCUAAAACAAAAAACAACACAAAAAACAAUGCACAAUUAUUUCAAUUGGUCAUUUGACCAAGACGACUUGAAAUUAAGCAAGAGAGUAAGCAAAGCCGUGAAUAUAAUAUCAACUGGUGUAAUUCCAAGCCCACCAAAAAUAUUUAAAAAAGACAACGCACCAAAUCAACUUAAAAAACAGAACCAAAGUUUCAGUGAAACUAUUGUGCUUAGAAGUAAAACUCCUGCUCAGGUUGCCCGGGAGAAAGCAGUAAAAAAAUUGAAAGAGUAUAAGAAGAGGGAAGAAGAAAAAAAAUUACAAAAAAGCAAAGCAAGAGGAAAUAAAAGCUAAAUGUAUUAUAAAAAAAUGUUUUGUUACAAUCUCUUAUUGUUUGUAUACAUCAAUAAAUUGUUCAUUUUUCUAACAAAAUAUAUUUAAGAAUGCUUAA